AUGGCGCCCGGCAGGAAAAGGCCGACGGCGGGCCGGGGCGGCCCGAAGGCCUCGGCGCGGGAGAAGCGGGUGGACGCCUUCCUGAAGGACUUCGACCGCGAGGUGCGGUCCCGGCUGGCGCAGGUGCGGGCGGCGGGCGAGAGCCUGAAGAAGGACGUGGAGAACCUGAGCAACAUGGAGGUGCUGCGGCUGCCGCUGCCGCUGCGCCAGAUGAACUGGAUCACCUUCCUCGCCCUGGGAGGCAGCGACAAGGCCCUGGAGAGGGUGGCCUCGAGCGAGGUGGAGAUCGCGGAGAUCACCCAGCUGGCCUCCCGGGCCGUCCAGACGCCCUUCCGGGUCGCCAAGAAAGGUCAGCGGGCCAAGCAGGCCAUUGAGACCAUCGACGAAGAGAUGGAGACGUCUCUGCUGCCUGCGGUCAAGAAGUCCAAGCAGGAGGACCAGGCUGAUCCGGAUGUGGCACACCAGAAGCCAGGAAAGGUGCAGACCUCAAGCAAAAGGCCUCCGACUUCCAAGCGGGCCCGGCCCCCUUCAUCCCGAUCCAAGCAUUUCCGCAAAAGGCCCAGCAAAGUGAACCCCAUCACUCCAGCUGGCCGAGGGACCCCCACAAAAGCUGCCACUCCUCUGCUCACACCUGCUGGCAAGUUUGACUCCAGCGUUUUCAAGACGCCCGGCCUGCGGGCCCCUGCCGCCCACGAGCGGGUCUUCAGCAUCUCGGUGAACGGCAGCCCCCUGGCAGACAAGAGCGAGGUCUUCCUCGUGGUGCCCCUGGGCGGAGGAGAGAGCAUCCGGAUCAGGGCCAGCGAGCUCUCGGAGAAGGACCUGCGGGGGCUGAACGCCCAGGCCCUGGGCAGCGUGAAGAAGCUGUCGAGUCAACUGUCCCACCUCUGCAACCGAGUGGGCAGCCAGAAGUGA